AAAACUUUAUUAGCCAAAAAAAAAAAAAAAAAAAAACAAUCCUUUGGAGAUAUAUUUUUCCAAGGCAUUUUCCGUCUGUACUUGCCGUUUGGCAAAGCUGAGAAGCUCAAGAUAUGGCGUGCAUACUAUCAUCUUCUUCUUCACCAGCUCCGUUAACUCGGACCCAUCUCUCUUUCGAGUUGCUUCCGGCUCGUUCUUCUUCAAGUUCGCUCUCAUGGGUUUCCUCGUUUCCUGCCAUAAACAUAUCCACCAUCAAAGACCCUCCCUUUUAUCCACUCAACAAGCUUCAGACUGCCGGCCCCCAAGUUAGAAACCAAUCGGUGCCGGAAAAUUGUAUCAUCCUCCGAUUGUUUGGCGGGAAUUCAGUUCAAGACACCAAUUUCUUCUUUGUUUCUUGUUUUCCCGGAAACCAGAAGCAAAGAGGAUAAGGUGGUCAAAUUGUCACGGUGAGAUAAAAAAAAAAAUUGCUUUCUGCACGUUAUAGAGAAGUUAUUUUGUAUUUGAUCGUCGGUCUGUAAAGCCCUCUCUGUGGUGAGAGGGAGAUGGAGGAAGUGGAUGAUGUAAAGAAGCCGAUAUUUAGGGACAUAAGGCGCUAUUUCUGUGACUACUGUGGUAUUUGUAGGUCUAAUAAGUCGCUGGUUGCUGCUCACAUGCUCACUCAUCACAAGGAAGAAGUAAACAAGGCAAGGACUGAUGGAGAUGGGGACACAGGGGGGUUAAAAGCAUCCAAUACGUGCCCAGAAUGUGGUGUUAGCUUCAAGAAACCUGCAUAUUUGAAACAACAUCUGCAAAGUCAUUCUCUUGAGAGGCCAUAUAGAUGUUCAGUAGAAGAUUGUCAUUCCAGUUAUAGAAGAAAAGACCACUUGACUCGCCAUCUUCUUCAGCACCAAGGAAAACUUUUUAGGUGUCCAAUUGAGAACUGCAACCAUGAGUCCGCUAUCCAAGGAAACGUGAAGAGGCAUGGCAGACAACUCCAUGACGAAGAUCGGCCCUCAACUACUCAGAAGCAGUAUGUGUGCCAGGAAAUUGGUUGUGGAAAGGCGUUUAGAUUUGCAUCAAGGCUACAAAAGCAUGAGGAUUCCCAUGUUAAGUUGGAUUCAGUGGAGGCAUUCUGCUCAGAGCCAGGCUGUAUGAAACCAUUUACUAAUGAGCAAUGCCUUAAGGCCCAUCUACAAUCCUGCCAUCAACAUAUUACCUGUGAGAUAUGUGGAACCAAGCAACUGAGAAAGAACAUUAAAAGGCACCUCCGUGCACAUGAUACAAAAGACUCAACGGAGAGAGUUAAAUGCAACUACAAGGGUUGUGAUCAUACAUUUUCAAAUAAAUCAAAUCUUCAACAACAUGUGAGGGCUUUGCAUCUUAAGAAAAAACCCUUUGUCUGUGGCUUCUCGGGUUGCAGCAUGAGAUUUUCGUACAAGCAUUUGAGAGAGAACCAUGAGAAGACUGGAGCUCAUGUUUACAUUCAUGUAAGUCUUAUUCUAGGAUCAGAAGACAUCAUUAGACAUCAAAUCUUAGAAAAUGAAUUCAUGCAUGGAGAAUGGUAUUUUCCUAUUCAGGGGAGAUUUUGGAGAGACGGAUGAGCAGUUCCGUUCAAGGCCAAGAGGUGGACGGAAGAGGAAGUACCUACUGUAGAAAUGCUGGUAAGGAAGGUCACACCACCAGAUCAAUCUGAAGAGGGUGCCGAAUACCUUUCUUGGUUGGCACAAGAGAUUCAGGGCGAUGCGUGAGUAAUGGCCUGUAUGGCUAUACUAAUCUUAUCACUAGUAAACUAGCUUUUGAUAGUCAAAGUAGUAUGUAUAAUGUAUUGCAAUCUUCCUGUAGUUCUUGCUUUUGUUCUUCAAUGUAAUGUUGUAAAUUUUGGUUCCUAGUGGAUUAGAGAAAACAUGAAUUUAAUUAUUAAAAUAUUUUGGAAAUACUCAAAGCAAAAAAAGGCAACAUUCUUGGAAAUCAUGAUUUUCUGUUUUAUGUAUUUUCCUAGUUCGUAAUAUACACUCUUUUUUGUUUUUGUUUU